CUCAAGAAUUUGAAAAAUACAUCAUUCUAUGAUACAUAAACGUCACUAGCAAUGACUUAAUAGUUUGAACAUUUUACAUUAGAUAUUAUAACUAUUUUUAUCGCAUUUGUCGUUGCCUAUGAAAGUGACAAGACGCCGCUUCUGGAAUACUCGCUAGUAAAAUUGCUUCACGAAGGUGCACUCUUGAAAAUAUUACAACGUGUACGAGGUACCCAUAAAUUAGUGAUCUUUUCAUUACCGGAGUGGGGUUUUCCAAUUUAAAUGCAUCACUAGAUAUAAUAAUUUUGCAGAAGUCUAAUGAUAAAAUUAUAUUAAGAUUUUAAAAUAGAAAAAUGGCAAAGAGAGUGCAACCACCGUGGAUACCGCCACAAAAAAAGAAUUCAUCAGUUCUCAAAUUAUACAACAGUUUCACUAGGGAGAAAGAAAUAUUUGUUCCUCAAUUUGGAAAUAGUGUGCUAUGGUAUAGUUGUGGACCAACCGUAUACGAUGCUUCACAUAUGGGACAUGCUAGGUCUUAUAUUUCUUUUGAUAUAUUAAGACGUAUUCUAUCCGAUUAUUUUGGAUAUAAUGUUUUAUAUGUAAUGAAUAUUACGGAUAUAGAUGACAAAAUUAUAAAGAGGGCAAGACAAAAUUAUUUGUACGAGCAAUAUAUGAAAGAAUCUAGAACCCUUGAUGAAAAUUUACACAAUGCCAAAAGUGUAAUGAAUAUGUUUGAAGAUACAGUGAAGACCACUAACGAUCCAGAUAAGAAGAGUAUGCUGCAGAAAAUGUUGUGCAAUGUAGUACAAGCUAUUGAGAAUCUCGAAAAUGCAGUGAAACUUAAGGAUGAAAAUAAGAUUAAAGAAUUUCAAGAAUUACUCUUAAAAGAAGCACGUGACCCAUUGUCAGAUUGGUUGGAUAAGAAGAAAGGAGCUACAGUUACAGAACACUCGAUAUUCAUGAAACUAUCGCAAUACUGGGAGUCCGAAUUUCAUAAAGACAUGGAUGCCUUAAAUGUAUUAAGGCCAAAUGUUUUAACGAGGGUUAGCGAAUAUGUUCCUGAGAUCAUAGCAUUUAUUGAGAAGAUCAUACAGAACGGACACGCGUACGAGAGCCACGGCUCAGUAUACUUUGAUGUUGCCACAUUUGACAAGCAAGAAAAACAUUAUUAUGCCAAACUUGUUCCAGAAGCUUAUGGUGAUACUUCAAGUUUGCAAGAAGGAGAAGGAGAUCUAACUACCUCAGGACCGUCUGAAAAGCGGUCUCCGAUAGAUUUCGCACUUUGGAAACAUUCAAAAGAAGGAGAACCAUGGUGGGAGAGUCCUUGGGGUAAAGGACGACCGGGCUGGCACAUAGAAUGUUCGGUGAUGGCGUCUAUAAUUUGCGGAGAACAUUUAGAUAUUCAUACUGGAGGAAUAGAUUUAAAAUUCCCACAUCAUGACAAUGAAAUAGCGCAAGCAGAAGCGUAUUUCAAUAAUUCCAAUUGGGUCGGAUAUUUUCUUCAUUCCGGUCACUUGACCAUAGCUGGCUGCAAAAUGUCAAAGUCGUUGAAGAACUUCAUUACUAUACAAGAUGCAUUGAAAAAGCAUUCGGCAAGGCAGUUGAGAUUCGCAUUUCUCUUGCAUUCGUGGAAAGACACGUUAGACUAUAGCGAUAAUACAAUGAACAUGGCACUUCAGUACGAGAAGUUUUUAAAUGAAUUCUUCUUAAACGUGAAAUGCAAGAUCAGAUCUAUGGGUAUGGGAACGAACAUCAAUACAUUCAGUAAAUGGACAAAUUCUGAAAUGGAAUUGAACAAAAAGUUCUGUGACGCUAAAGAUUCUGUACACAACGCGCUAUGUGAUAACAUUGACACAAGAAGUGCGCUCGACGCGAUUAGAGAUAUCGUGACGCAUUGCAACAUUUACAUGAAGCAGAUUAAGCAACCGAAUACACUAUUGCUCAGGGACGUUGCAGUUUAUGUUACCAAAAUUUUCACUGUGUUUGGUGUGAUAUCGACGGCGCACGACAGUAUUGGUUUCCCGGUGGAUGAUAAAAAUGCAAAUUUGAAUGUCGAAGAGGUUGUGAUGCCGUAUCUCGAGGUUUUGGCGAACUUCCGGGAGCAAGUACGAAACGAAGCUAAAACGCUUCGAGCCAAUAGUAUUCUUGAAGAGUGUGAUAAAUUGCGCGACGACGUUUUACCGAACAUCGGGGUGCGUUUAGAAGAUAGCAACGACGAGUCCUGCCGCGUCAAACUUGUAAAUAGGGAGGAACUUUUGAAAGAGAUGGAGUCUAAGAAGAAGCUGGAACUCGAGAAAGCGCAAGAGAAAGAGAAACGCAAGGCGGAAGCAGCCGCGGCGGUAGCGGCGAAGGAGGCUCAAAGGAAAAUUCUUCCUUCGGACAUGUUCAAACUCGAGAAAGAUAAAUAUUCCCAAUUCGAUAGCAACGGUUUACCUACGCACGACGCUGACGGUAAAGAAAUCAGCAAAGGUCAACUGAAGAAGCUGCAGAAGCUGCAACAAGCACAAGAGAAACGAUACACCGAAUACCUAUCUUCCAUUCAAAACGGCGUAUAACAUAUUUUCUUGGAAAGUAUUAAUUUCGCGACAAACGUUCUCAUACGUACAGUAAAUAUUUAUUUUUCACUAAGCUUUCGCAUGAUUGUAUCAUCUACGUAAUUUAUUACAGUUCAUGAACGCAACGACGCUCGUGGUGUAUUUAUGCUUCUAUUUGUACGGUACUUAAUAAAACGGUUCAAUAUUCGCUGCUACGAUUUUAUACUUUAAUCAAAACGUAUGACUAACACACUAAGGUACUGUACUUAAAACAUUUGUAACGAUCACUACUGUAUUGGUACGAUUAAUAAUAAAUUCCUAUU